AUGGCAAGCGACUGGAAGUCAAUUACGGUGAUAGCCGCUCCAGGCAAUUGUGACAGCCCUGGAAUCCAUCCUCAUCCGUUACCUACGGACUAUGCUGUGAAUGCCUUGCCUGGCCCUGUUGCAUCCAUACACGAUAAGAGCUCUGCAGACGAAAAAUAUGCUGGCGAUGACGACCACAUUCAGGGCCGCCGUGCGGUCACGGAUGGGCCAGGCAAAGAGCUUCAGACGCAGACAAACUUACUGCCCAUGAAGCAGUUACUUGUGGUCUUCUCUGGUCUAUCGAUAGCGAUGUUAUGCUCGAUGCUCAACCAGACUAUCGUUGCAACUGCCCUGCCUACCCUUGGUGCUGUAUUCCAUCAGGCCGAUAUUGUCUCCUGGGUUGGUACUGCCUACCUUCUAACUUGCACGGCAUGUCAACCACUAUAUGGCCGGUUGACGGACAUCUUUGGCCGGAAGUUCAUCCUUUUGGGCUCGCUCUUUCUUUUUCUCGUGGGGAGUGUCAUCUCAGGUGUCUCGAGGGGCAUGAUUAUGCUGAUCAUAGCGCGGGCGGUGGCGGGAGUCGGUGGUGGAGGCAUUGUUACCGUGGUUAGUAUCGUCGUAUCUGACGUUGUGUCCCUUCAGGACAGGGGGAAAUAUCAAGGGAUUAUUGGUAUCGUUGUGGCAGCCGGAACUGCACUGGGCCCUUUGAUUGGUGGUCUUUUCACCGAGAAGGUUUCCUGGAGAUGGUGUUUUUACAUCAGUGUACCCCUAUCCGGGGUUGCUAUGGUCGUUGUUGCCUUUGCGCUACCCCUUCGGAAGGUCGAAGGCCAUGCGUUAGAGAAGAUCAAGCAGAUUGAUGGCUGGGGAUGCUUGAUUAGUUUCUCUGCGUCAAUUGCCAUCCUACUUCCCAUCUCAUGGGCUGGCACGCAGUAUCCUUGGACUUCAGCAGCUGUUCUAGCACCCUUGUUACUCGGUGUAGCGCUCGUUGGAGUCUUUCUCUUUGUUGAAUUUAAAGUGGCCAGGUUGCCCUUGCCUUCUUCUAUGUUUGCAUCUCAGACUAACAACCCCCUUCAGCUGCCCCAGUUUUAUCAAGUGGCCCGGGGCGACUCCUCGCUACGAUCGGGUAUCCUGAUUCUUCCACUAAUUCUCUCGCAAAUUGUCACAUCAUUUUCUUCGGGCUUCCUCGUAUCGAAGUACUCAUGUUAUCGAAUCAACCUGAUUGUCGGCUAUGCUCUUUGGACAAUUGCGUCGGGGUUGUUUACAAUGGUCACUCCGUCAACGUCGGCAGCGGUCCUUGUGAUCUUCCAGCUACUGACGGGGCUCGGCAGUGGGCAGACACUUCAGACGACCCUGGUUGCUAUCCAAGCUGCAGUCAAGAGGGAAGAGAUGGCAGUUAUCACUGGCGCUCGUAAUUAUCUACGAAUGAUGGGCUCGACUUUGGCUGUAGCAGCCAGUUCGGCUAUUGUCAACAACAUUGUCCGGUGA